AUGGGUGGACUAAAUGAUUCAGUAGUCACUGAACUUGUGUUACUGCCUCUCAGUUGCUCUAGAGAGAAAAAUCUUUUUCUCAUCCUUCUUUGUUCUUUGCUUUAUGUAGGUGUCAUUCUAGGAAAUGUUCUCAUUUUGUUUUUGAUAAUUACUGAUUCUCACCUACAGUCCCCUAUGUACUUCUUGCUAGCUAACCUGUCUCUCAUUGAUAUGUGCCUUUCUUCUACUACAAUCCCCCAAAUAGUCAUAGAUCUUUCAAAUGAAUACAAUGUCAUUUCUUUCCAAAAUUGUAUGACACAGAUAUGUUUCAUCCACAUCGUGGGAGGAGUGGAGAUGGUAUUGCUCAUAGCCAUGGCAUUUGAUAGGUGUAUGGCAAUCUGUAAGCCUCUUCACUACUUGAAAAUCAUGAGUCCUAAAAUAUGUAUUUCAUUUGUAAUCAGCGGCUGGGUAACUGGAGUGAUCCAUUCUAUGCUUCAAUUUGGUUUUGUUAUAAACUUGCCUUUCUGUGGACCUAAUAAAAUAGACAGUUUUUACUGUGAUUUGCCCAAGGUCAUAAAACUUGCAUGCAUAGAUGCCGUUAAAUAUGAAUUUAUUGUUACUGCCAACAGUGGCUUUAUGAGCAUGGGCACCUUCAUCCUGCUUCUCCUUUCCUAUGCUUACAUUUUCCUCACAGUCCAGAAACAUUCUUCAGGUGACUUAUCCAAGGCAUUUGUUACUUUGUCAGCUCACAUCACUGUAGUUUUUUUGUUUUUUAUUCCAUGCAUAAUUCUGUAUGCCUGGCCUUCUCCCCCACCCUCAGUUGAUAAAAAUCUAUUUAUUGUUGACUUCGCUAUCAUUCCUGUCUUGAAUCCUAUCAUUUAUACAUUAAGGAACAAAGACAUAAGGAAAGCAAUAAAAAGUUUCCAAAACACGAAACUUAAUUCCAAAUUUUGUUGA